UAACCCCUGUUCACAGCCGUCAACCCCUGUUCACCCUGCUUGUUUUUUUUCAGAUAACCCCUGUUCACCCUAUCUGUUCGUCUGCCAGUUCACCAUGACAAAGAAUACUUCAGAAAACAAAACCGACAAUGAUCAGCCCCCAUCGCACAGUUCUGAAAACAAAACCCUCCACCCUGCAUACUCAGUUACCAACAUUCAAACGAAGAUUCGUAUUCUUGAUGGAACCAAGGUCACCUAUACGUCGUGGGUGAAGCUUUUCAAACUUCACACCAUGGCAUAUAAGGUUCUUGACCACAUCGAUGACACACCAGCCCCUGACUCUGCAGAUUCGCAAUAUCCGACUUGGAAAGAAUUGGACGCGUUGGUUUGUCAAUGGAUUUACAGCACAAUCUCGGACGACCUCCUCACGCGUGUUCUUGACACUGAUGCUACGGCUCGCACCACAUGGUUGAAGUUGGAAAAAAUAUUCCUCAGCAACAAGCAAGCUAAGGCCGCUGCCCUCGAAUCACGGUUUGUUAAUCUCACCCUUGAACAGUGCAGCUCCGUCGAUGAUUACUGUCAGCAGUUAAAAAGCUUAGCCGAUCAACUUCAAGACGUUGAUCAGCAGGUUACCGAGUCCCGACUCGUCCUUAAAUUGGUCCGUGGCUUAUCACCCGAAUUUGACACUACAACAGCCUUGAUUAAUAAUCAAAAGGCUGAUUGGGAUUUGGCUCGCUCCAUGCUUCACGAUGAAGUUAUCCGUCAGGAAGCUCGUACUCAGAAGACGUCUUCAGUCUUGGCUGCACCUGCUGCUCCGGCCGCCACCUCUUCCGCAACGGCGACCCCUCCACCAUCCGAUACAUCUCAACAACAGCCCUAUCGCGGUCAAUCUUAUCGUGGCCGCGGUGGCCGAGGUAAUGGCAGAGGCCGCGGUGGUCGCGGCCGCGGGAACCGACCGUCAGGACCCAACAGUAACCAUUGGGCCUAUCAACCGAAUUCUUACCCGCAAUGGGCCUGGUGGACCACACCACCAUGUCCAUACCCGACACAGUCACAAUGGAGGCCAAAUACUGCUGCACCACCACCGCCGCCUGCGGCCCACUUCGCUGGUUACAGUCAGCCGCAGUACCCAAUGGGCUACGGUCCAUUCGGCCCAAUUCAGCACGGGUUUGAUGCUCUCAACCCAUCUGACUUAAGUGCUGCCUACAACACGUCCCAGCUUGCCUACACGGACCCAUCAUCUUACUUUGACACAGGAGCUGAGCGGACCGUCUCCAACAACAAAGGACCUCAAGACGGGCCGCCUCCUGUCGCGCCACAAUAGCACGGGAGAUCUCUAUCCUAUUACCCCACCAACACUACCACCUCAAGCUUGCUCACUUUCAACAGCAUCUCUUCCUUGGCAUGAUAGACUUGGACAUCCUGGAUCUCAAGUCUUAGAUAUUCUUAGGCGUAAUUCUGGUUUUUUAUGUAAUAAACAUACUUCUAGUUUUUGCAAUUCUUGUCAUUUAUCUAAUAGUAAACGUC